AUGUCAAAUGACGCACCGCCCCCAGGAGACACAACCCCACACCAAACAAUCCACAUGGACACCGACACAGCGUCCGACUCGGAGCCCCAUCUCUCAGCCGGAGGCACCCAUCUCAACACCUACAUCUCAGUAGACACCGACUCCGAAGACGGCGGCAUGCAACUCGAGCCUCCAGAUGGCGAACUCAUCCAUUUCGCCGAAGACGAUAGCGACCUUGAAUUCGACGAGCGGAUUAUGGGCGUUGCCAUGGAAGAUGAUAGAGAUGAAAACGACUUCACAACCCGCGCUAUAAACCCCCACUCCGCCGUUCCAAACGUACACAACACCCCCUCUCAACCAGGCAACAGAAAUGACCAUGACACCAGCCUGGAAUUCCUUCCAACUCGGGAUCGGUUUCCAGCGAGACCGCGCCGUCUCCGCACGAAGGGCCAUCUUAGUGAAGAACAACAUGCUGCGUUGGCGGUGUUGUCGAAUUGGGAACUUCUUGUGACGCAUGCGCUUAAUUCGCAUCGGACGAUCCCCCAAACCCGCCGCCGCUUCCAAGCCAAACUCCUCUCUGCCGACAACCCCUCCCUUGAAAACGAGCUCUACGCCUCACGCUUCGUCGUCCCAGCGUCCAAAUCGGAAUUCCUCCCGCCCGUGAAUCACGCUUCCAGCUCGACGUCUAGUUCGUCGCGUGCGUACGAAACUGCCUCCGGCGCAGAUAAUACCACUGCGUUCUUGGUUCCGGGUUCGUAUCGGGAGGUUGUGGAUGGGGAUGAGAGUUCUUGGUGGCCGCUUGGUAAGCCGCGGGUGAAGCGGAAGAGUGAUCGGGGGGUUGGGGUGUUGGGACGGGGGAGGAGGGAGGGUUCUGCGAGUGGAGGGAGUGGGGGAGAGUUCGAGGGUGGGGAGUCGUAG